AUGGCUAGAGGUAACCAAAGAGAACUUGCAAGACUUAAGAAUCUCAAGAAACAGGAAGAAGCAAAAAAGAGUCAGAAGCAAGGGGACAAGAAUAAACGAAUGGAAACAGAUGCCGAGCGAAUGAGAGAAAAACAAGCGGCAGCGGAUGCCAAGAAAGAAGCGGAUAGAUUAGCUAAGUUGCAAAAGAAGUGA